CCAGACACUGCUCUACAUGUCCCCAGAAGUCCUCCUGGAGAAGGCCUACAACAAGCCCAAUGAUAUGUGGAGUCUGGGCUGCCUCUUAGCCGAGCUCAAGACCGGAAAAUCCCUAUUUCUGGCGAGCGCUAAAUUCAUGCGACUGCAGCAAAUCAAGAAGCUGCUGGGUCUUCCUCUGAAAGGAAUGCUGACUGCGGAUAAGGCUAUGCAGCAUCCAUGGAUUCUGAAGCACAUCUGGAGUCCCAGCUCCAGUGCUGAUGCUGCUCCUCACCAGCCCACUGACUGGGAGCACAUGGUGGACUCACCCCAGUCCACCAGUAGGACCCCGACCGGUCGGAGGUGAC